AUGGAGCGCACAAUUGGAAACCUUGGCCAAGAGAUUCAACAACCAUCAAAUCCCUAUGCCAACCUCUCACAAGAGGGACUGCAGCGUUGCCAAGUUAACACGCUGCUUUCUGUCCUACCUGAGCUUGAUGAGCCUCCCAAGGGCCUUCCAACCAGCUCAGUCGACCUUGGAGAUGGAUACGCUCUCCUACGGAAACGCGACCGAUACUUUCAUCUUCCAGAUCCAGAGCAUGCAGAAGACAUUGCUCAUUUCCUUGGAGAAGGUCGUGUACUUCAUCGCAUCAAGAAAUGGGCACAUCUUUUGCUGCCAAAUGGGCAGAUUGUGCGAUCUGCUUGGCAAGAAACCAUCAAGCCAUUGGAGAAGAUACAUAUUUUGCGGAAUGUAAAGAUUGAUCUUGAUGGACAGGUUUGCUUUGGCGAAAUCUUAUAUUUUACACGGCUGUCUGUUGAAGCAGAUCCUGGUGACAAAGAAGACUGGCAGUUUGUAAAUGUUGCAUUGAUUCAGUUGUAUUCUGCCCCCGACGACUCACUUCUCAAACUCUUGUCGCAAACAGUUGCUUCCUGCACCCGCCUCGAUGAAUUUUGCAUUCUUGAUGUCAAGAAAAUUCUCAGUGUUGUCGCCAUGGUUCCACACACCCCAACACUCCCUUCAGGAGUUACUGAGCCCCAUUUUUUCAUGAUGGAGAGACCGGGUCUUGAUAUAUCCAACCUUGGAGUACCUUACUCAGGCUAUUUGGAUGCUGAGGAUGAUCUUGAUGAUCUUGAUGAUCCCGAAUAG